AGGUUCCCAUUUUAUUGGAUAAUAAUGCGAAACAUCCCGUUUAGAGCGCUACAUGUACAUUGUUUCGUCAGAAUGGAAGACUAUACGGCUUUUGAUUGGUUUAGGAACCUUAAAAGUAGGAUAACUGACCAAUAAACGGGGAGAGCGAACCAACUGGAGCCUUUACGGGGUAGUGGGGGUCCCGCGCGAUAUCUGGAGGAUCCCGUCCUGGCGUUGUAUGACGUGAUGUAAUAGACGAACCAUUGCUUGCAUAUAGGAUGAGCUUUAAUUAAACAUUUGGAAAUGUCUUGGUAUUGUACAAAUUUAAAAUUACCCAAAUUACUGGCCUCCGAUACAGCUGGUGGCUCGAAUCGGAUCGCAGUCCUAACGUAAGGAACAGCGUGUCCUCGAACCGGUAUUGGAAGAUAUCCUGCAGUUCGGGAAGGAAUGCGUUGACUCAGGACUAAAAGCGGAAUUUAAAAGCUACAGAAAGUUAUUGUCGAUAAGAUAUCUGACUACGGACGAGUUGUUUUUUUGACAGUUAAGAGUAAGUAGAAUAUCAUUUCAGUCGUGUCGGCUGUUUUAGCCGACACCAUUUUUCUAGGUCCGUCAGAACAAAACACAAAGGCGAGUGACAGUUUGAAUUCGGUGAUCGGUACCGUAAGUCCUGGUUACAGCGGACAAUGGCCGCCUCUGCAGGGAGCCGGCCGCUGCCCAUGGGCGUGCGCACCUUAAGCGCCUUCUUAGAGAUAGCCACCUUGGGCACCGAGCAAUCCUGCAGUGGUACGCGGUGUGGUGUCCGACCUAGACAGUGCAUCAGGUACUUGUCCUCAUGUGGUAUUCUGAUGACCCGGACACCCAGAAUGCUUCAGUACACGAGCAGUGAGCAUGUGACCAUUACCACCAGCCGCAGCUUCAUUAGUCUCACCAACAAACGGAAGGAGUAUUCCGAGCGCAGGAUACUGGGGUACUCCAUGCAGGAGAUGUAUGACGUGGUGUCCAACGUUGAUGACUACAAGCUGUUCGUGCCCUGGUGUAAGAAAUCACAGACCGUCAUGAAGAGGACAGGUCACUCCAAAGCCCAGCUUGAGGUGGGCUUCCCACCAGUGGUGGAGCGAUACACGUCGAUGAUCACCAGCGUGCGUCCUCAUCUUGUUAAGGCCGUGUGCACUGACGGCAAACUCUUCAACCACCUGGAGACAAUAUGGCGCUUCAGCCCCGGUAUUCCCGGCCAUGCCAGGACCUGCACCGUCGACUUCUCAAUCUCCUUCGAGUUCCGCUCCCUGCUGCACUCCCAGCUGGCCACGGUUUUCUUCGACGAGGUGGUCAAGCAGAUGGUAACGGCCUUUGAGCGCCGUGCUUGCAGGCUGUACGGCCCCGAGACGCGCAUACCGCGGGAGCACAUGUUCCAUGAAGUGCAUCCAUGAGGUGGAUUCGUUUGUACCCCCACCAUCCUUCUAGCACCCCCAGGAUGAACUGCCUGUAUUUUAUCCAUGGGACAGUACCCCCCUCCAGCUCCCAGCUGCCAUAUACUACCCACAACUCCAGCAACUACACUGUUACAACUUGAAUGUGGACCAGCCAGGUGCUCUCCUUCAUAGCACUGGGUGUUCCUGGGAUUCUUUGUAGCAUUUCCUGAAUAAAUUACUGCCGUCUACCUCUGUGCGGGGUUCCUUCACCGUAGGGAGAGGAACUCCAUAUUGAGACAUAAAUCUCUCAGGAGAGAGUGAAAAAUCUAAACAGAUUUUAAUCUGGGGGUCUUCCAGUGAUUAUGAAUAUGGGGGAAAAGGAAAAGCAUCUCAAAUGGCUAUUUUGAAACAGACUGCUGCAACUGUAGUUAUUCCUGUGGCAUUUAGUGGGGGUUGGAAAAAAAAGUUUUUCGUUAAUGGUGCUUGUUUGUUCAACAGCUGUGUGGCUGCUGGUCUGUUAUCUUCCGUUCCUGUAUUGGCUUCUAUUGGCACCUUUUAUCUGUUCUUCCCUGUCAAAAUCUACAGAUUUUAUUUUUUUUAUGUUUUUAAUGUUACACUGUUAUGCAGUGUAAUGCUUAGGCAUUUGUUUGAAGAAUAUCUUUCUCCUCGCAUCCCCUCUGGCACUUUAGUCUGUAAUAUGAUGUCAGUUCUGUUCUCAUCCAUAACCACUGUCUUCAAAUUCAGCUGGCUGUACAUUUUAAAACGGUUUUCAUAUGUUGGUCACUAAUGGAUUUCAGGUCCCCGGUUUAAGGUUAAUAAUUGAAUGAUAUGAUAUCUUAUUUUAUCAGUAAUACACAUUAUCAUAAUGUAAUUUUUAUCCUCCAUACUCCGAGUUUCAAUUAAUUAGAGUUGAAAAAUUUCUUCUGAAAAUUCCAGCUACUUGGCUGGCCAAUACUACAGCUCCCUGUUAAGUUUCUUUUUUUUAAUCAAGAUUUGAUUAUCUACCAUGGGAAAGUUGGAGUGAAAAAACAAGUGUUACCAAGGUCAUGUUCUUGGUUCACAGACAUUCAGGCUUGAGACUCCACCAGUCUGAUUCAUACACAUUCUAUACUACACAGGCAGCUUUUGGUUAACAACUUAGUUUGACGGGAUGGGAACCAGCAACCACCUUGAGGUCAGAGAUGUGUAGUUCUGACAGGGAGGUUCCCAGGUUACCUUUGCCCACUGGCAACUUGAAUGUUUUCUAAACAAAAAUCCCUGGGUACCUUCAUGUGCCCUUGAACAGGUCAUGUCAUAGAGAAGGUUCUGCUAAUUUUGUUUAUGUAAUACGUUAUCUAGAUUGCAACUGAGUUUGAUAGUGAGAUGGAAUGGAGUCGUUAGUUCAUGCCUUGUUUUUAAUGGUGAGUCUUGCCUCUAGUGUUUUGUUGGUCCAUUUUCCCAAAGAGACACUAAAAAGACUGAAAUCAGUGAGCCCUGCUUCCCUGUGUGGUGGUGUUCAUUAGCUUGCAUCGGAUUUGAUUCCAGUCACUUUUUAAAAAUCUUCAAGCCUUGAAAUGAUGCUUCCACAAGCACGUUUGAAGCAUUUUAGUAGCUAUUUUGUUGUGGAUCACUACUCAAGAGUUUUGUACUGCAAGCAGUUUUGUAAGUUACACUAAUAAUUUAGUUAAAUCACAAUAUAGGCUUUCAGCAUAAUUACUGUUCGGUCUGUCCUUUUUGUCUUGGCGGUGACAGGGUAUUCUGGUUGUCCAUCUACCUCACCUCUUUUAUGUUAUUCCAUUAUUAAGCAUCUAAACCUCAUCCUCCAGGGGUAGGUUAGUUCCUGGUGAAUGGCAACUCAAAGUCCUACUGACACGGGAUUCCCCACUUCUGUGUCGGCAUUUAGAGGGAAAAAGUGAACUAAACAAACACUAUUUUGCUUACUGUAAAGUAUUUGAGGAUGACAUUCAGAGCUUGCCAAGGCAGCAGACUUGGUUGCUUUCACAUUUAACCUGGAAAUUACCACGUGUGGUUUUGUCAUACACUUGAGGCUGUUUCAGAUAUGCCUCCUAUGGUGAAAAAUACAUUUUACUGCAGUCACACAUUUAUUAAAUCAUUUGGUGGAGUUUCAAGGUCAUUUUUGUGUUGGCGAAAAGGAAUGUCAUAUGAAGAGAGGUUUGAAGUGUUUUGCUUUUGGGGUAGCAAUGAAAUGUAGGAUUAAGAGCUAUUUAUUUUGCACUCCUGUGUAAAUUCAGGUUGUUCUUAUUUAAGUGUUUGUUGACUUGCUAUCAUUCUCCCAAAGAUAAAAAAAAAAUAAAAUGCGAUGGUUUGUGGCUAUGUACGCCCAUAAUAUUUUAUUAUAUAUAAAACUUUCUCUCCUCUGUUAAUGUGCCACUAGGCAUUUGGACUCGUAUGUUAUCUGGGUUUGUUAAACUUAUUACCACUGUUUGCCCAGUAAGAAUUGACCUUGCUGUGCAGAUGCCAGUGAGCAGGCUAACAGAUUAUUACCAUGGGGUGCGAUUCUGCAGUAACAGCAUGUAGAGAAUCCAGUGCUGUGACAUAACCAGUUACAGCAGGAAGGCUCAGAGGGGACAGUCUCUUUAAAAGUUUAAAAUAUUAAAUGGUUAUUGAACAUUGACAUUACUUUUAUUAUCUUGUAAAUCAUAUUGUUUUAGGAGAUAGGUGUUUGAGAAAUGAGUUUUAUGAGAAGGUCCUGUACAAGGAAAGUCACUAAUAAAAAAUAAAAUUCUGAAAAAGUGG